AUGCAGAACAACACUGGUCUAAAACAUAAAAAAAAACAAAUAUUUAGGAAAAUCUUUCAAGGUGGAGCCCUUGUCGCACUCCAGAAUUCAAAUGGUAAAACGAAGGAAUCUUCCCGGGAUACUGUGACAACAGAACAGUCUAUAUGGACCAACGUUCCAUCCCCGUUCAGAGAUUCCAUUAAAGUAAGACAGCCCACACAGGACAACAUUCAAUAUCAAGAACCGGAACCAAAUGUCGUAAUUGAAGAUCAGAGUCCAACACCUGUCAUCGUGAUGGCGUACUUUCGCAGCGGCUCAUCAUUCGUUGGAGAUAUAAUACAAGCACAUGAAGAUGUUUUCUACCUGUUUGAGCCAUUACGACCCCUGACAAAUCGGUUCAAAAUAUCUAAUGAUACAUCACCUCAGAGCAUUAGUAGGUACCGAAAUAACACUGAAUCAAUCCUCACCAACUUAAGUAGAUGUGGGCUGAAUAACGUACCAAGGUAUAUAUUUCAAGAUUACCAAUUUUUGAAAAUCAGUAAGAAGGCAAGACUGUACAGCCUGUGUGUACACGAUGACAUCAACAAAACAUAUGAUCAUACGAGAGCAUGCCUGGAAAAUUUAUCAGAAAGCUGCGUGGAGUCGAAGGUCAUGCUAAUGAAGGUUAUUCGGCCCUCGAUUUCAGUUCUGUUUAAAAUGAUGGAAACGAUUCCUAAGCUAAAAAUAAUAUAUCUUCAGCGGGAUCCAAGGGCAAUGGCAAAAUCUCAUUUGUAUUUCGGGGUAAUAAAAAAGAAAACAGAAAUUGAUGACGUCACGAGAUUUUGUUAUCGUCUUAAUGAAGAUGCAAUGGUUGCAGAAAAGAUAAAACUGAAAUAUCCGGAAAGAAUCAUGUCGUUGUUUUACGAGGAUGUAGCAUAUCAUCCAGUUAUGGAAGCCCAAAGGAUUUACAAGUUUGCUGGCUUAACAUUCGGCAGAAGACAACAAGACUUAAUUACAGCUAUGACUACAACUGCGACACAAGAAAAAGAGUGUCGAAACAUGUGCACAACUAAAAUUUCGUCUAUACAAGCUGAAGGGUGGCGGCAAACGACCUCGUUUCAAUUUGUUCAUAAUGUGGAUAAAUGUUGUAAAGAGUAUUACCAAAGGAAAGGUUACAGGAAUAUUCCUAAUCUUCAACUACUUCGAGAUCUCAAUUAUACACUCCGUUUACCAGAUACUUAAGCCAUGUUAUGACUACAAAAUUAAACUUUUUCACGGCUGGUUUCAUUUAUUAACCAUCGCCUUAACUCUACGGGGUUCAAUAUUGAUGGUUAUACUACCAAUAUCUAGAUAUAUAGUUUAUUUAUAUUCAGACUGUUGCGUGUUUUAGUAGAAGAUGCAUUUGACCACAUGUAUCAUAGAAGCUUUUGAAUGUUAUAAUCAUCGGAUGUCUUUAACGUUGCUACAAAAAACAUAUUUUGGUCAGAUUCCAUUGUUUCUGUAACAUGUCUUUUAUGUUACUGUUCUUUAUAUGUAUGUAACAUUUUACGAUUUACUUGCAAUAAAGAGGCGGAUUACCUCGAAAAUUUGA